AUGUCGAAUCUAGCAAUAGUUGCCGCGGCCUCGAAGUCCACUAUCUCCACAGCAGCAUUAGAGCAAGAAGACUCGACUGCUCUCAACUCUCAAGAGACCGUAUCAACCCUGCCAUCUCCUAUUAAGGAAGCCCAAGCUCAAGCUCAAGUCCCUGCAAAGCCCGAACAACUCAACAAUGAGGAGACGUCCGAGGAGAGCACCCAAGACACCACGAUGCUCGACACCGAGGAGAGUGGCAGCGAUCACAGCUCGGACGACGAAAUCCCGCACGACGGCGGUUCGAAUCUCUGGAAAGCGAUCCGCUUGAAGAAGGAUGAAGUUGAACGCUACGAAGCUAAGAUCGAGGAGGAGUUGAAGGGUGAUAAACUUGGUAAAGAGCGACGUCUGAAUAUGUUGAGGGUCAUACUUGCGCAGCAGAUAGAAGCCAGGGAUGUUUUCUUGAGGAAGCAGGCGGAGGUGGAUAGGCAGGGCAGGUAUGCUCGUUGGGGGUGGUGA